UAACCACCACCACACAACGCACGCACCUGAGCUGGACCAAGAAGAAGACGAGGAGGCUUAAGCCUGAGGCUAAACCCCUCCUCCUCCGCUCAUCGCCGGUCGCAGCGGGAUGGAGAUCAGGGGGCUGGGGCAGAUGCUGGCGGCGCUGGCCGCGGCGCUGUUCCUGCGGGUCGCCGCCGCGGGGGCCGGCCCCGCCCUCCUCCCGCCCGCGGAGGAGGAGGAGGAGGACGCGGAGGCCGGCGAGGGAGGCGGCGGGGUGCGGCCGGUGACCAUCCGGUGGGCCCGCGUCACCUGCGCCCUCAAGAACAAGCGCGGGGACAUGGCAAGGUUCUUGCUGUCGAAUCUGUCGGGGGAGGCGAAGCCGGGGAGGCUGCUGGCGCUCAUGGGGCCGUCAGGGUCCGGCAAGACGACGCUGCUCAAUGUGCUGGCGGGGCAGCUCACGGCGUCGCCUUCCUUGCACCUCUCGGGCUUUCUCUACGUCAAUGGCCAGCCCAUGUCGCAGGGCGGUUAUAAGAUUGCUUAUGUGAGGCAAGAAGACAUUUUCUUUUCGCAGCUAACGGUGCGGGAAACACUCUCACUUGCUGCUGAACUACAGCUUCCUGACACGAUGUCUCCCGAGAGGAAGGAGAAGUAUGUUGAUGAUCUUCUGUUUCGUCUUGGAUUGGUCAACUCUGCUGAUUCUAUCGUGGGUGAUGCAAAAGUACGUGGAAUUAGUGGUGGUGAAAAGAAGCGCCUCUCGCUUGCAUGUGAACUGAUUGCAAGUCCUUCAGUCAUCUUUGCGGAUGAACCAACAACAGGCCUUGAUGCAUUCCAGGCAGAGAAGGUGAUGGAGACUCUUAGACAGCUUGCAGAAGAUGGGCACACUGUGAUAUGCUCUAUACACCAGCCAAGAGGUUCAGUUUAUAGCAAAUUUGAUGACAUUGUGCUACUGUCAGAGGGAGAAGUUGUAUAUAUGGGGCCUGCAAAAGAAGAACCUCUAAAAUACUUUGCAUCAUUAGGGUUGUUAUUCUGUCAUCACUAACAUUCCUUUCUGGCAUUUGAUGUUUUCUGGAACACAAUAUUUUCAUGAUUUCCACAUAUCUCAAAUUCAAAUGUAUGCACUGCACUUGUUUUUUUUAUAUAAUACAGUUGAAGUUAAUUAUCCAGGCAUAGAUUGGAUUUUGGUAA